AUGAUCGCAACAGAAUUGAUCGAUUCAAAGAAAUACCCUCCUAAAAAUAUUAUAAGAGAUAUUUUAAAUAUUAUUCCGUAUAAUAAUCGCUAUACAAAGUCAUAUUUAUAUCUUGCCAAACUCAUUUAUGAUAAUUAUCAUGUCAAAGAGGUCAAGUCUAGGCGAAUUAAUAUAGACAUCCUGUUUUAUAAAGAAUAUGGAAUUAACUCAGAUAAGAAUGGCUAUUUUGGAGAAAUUAACUCAGAAAAUCUCAAUAUUCAUGCAGAUGAUACAAUUUACAGAGCAAUUAUGUAUAAUGACCUAGAAAAAUUCAUCUUUUUUACGGAGCGAGAAGAAUUUGAUAAAGAUCAAAAACUUAUGAGUGAUUUAUAUCCAUAUGAAAUAAAAAGAUAUUUAUCUUCUUACAAAGGAUAUUCAUUGCUUGAAUUAUGUUGUUAUCACGGAGCAGUUGAUUGUUUCAAGUUAUUGAGAACGAAAUUUAACUCAGAAAUAACUGAAACAUGUCUAAAAUUUUCCUUUUUACGUGGAAAUCCAGAGAUCAUGAGUGAAUGUUUGAAAUAUAAAAAACCAGACUAUCAAUGCAUGGAAUAUGCAAUUAUUUCACACAACAUUGAUUUUGUUACAUUCUUGAUUAAUGAAUACAAAAUAGAGAUCGAUUUAGGCUACUCUGGAAUUUACAAUAAUCUCGAAUCAUUUUUAGUUUAUUUCGAUCAAACAAAUGAUAUUAACAAAUGCUUUGUUUAUUCAACAUUGUUUGAUUUUCCAUCCCUUUCCGAAUAUUUCUUUUCACAUGGUGCUGAAAUCAAUACAAAAUUUAAAUAUGGAGAAACUGCUCUUCAUGCUGCAAUAUAUAGAAAUAAUAAAGAAAUGUCUGAUUUUCUUAUUUCACAUGGUGCAAAUAUCAAUGAAAAAGAUAGAGAUGAGCAAACCGCUAUUCAUUAUUCAGCGACAAAUAAUAAUAAAGAAAUAGCCGAACUUCUUCUUUCACAUGGUGCAAAUAUCAAUGAAAAAGACAAAAAUGGGACAACCGCUCUUCAUUAUGCAGCAAAAAAUAAUAGAAAAGAAAUAGUCGAACUUCUUAUUUCACAUGGUGCAAAUGUCAAUGAAAAAGAAAAAAAUGGAAGAACCGCUCUUCAUUAUGCAGCAAAAAAUAACAGAAAAGAAAUAGUCGAACUUCUUAUUUUACAAGGUGCGGAUAUCAAUGAAAAAGAUAAUCUUGGAAAAACAGCUCUUCAUUAUUCAGCGACAAAUAAUAAUAAAGAAAUAGCCGAACUUCUUCUUUCACAUGGUGCAAAUAUCAAUGAAAAAGAUGGAGGUGAGCAAACCGCUCUUCAUUAUGCAGUAUAUUUUAAUAGCAAAGAAAUCUCUGUACUUCUUAUUUCACGUGGUGCAAAUAUCAAUGAAAAAGAUAAUCUCGGAAAAACAGCUCUUCAUUUUGCUGCAGAAUAUAAUUGUAAAGAAACAGCCGAACUUCUUAUUUCAGGUGGUGCAAAUAUCAAUGAAAAAGAUAAUGAUGAACAAACCGCUCUUCAUAUUGCAGUAAGUAAGGAUUACAAAGAAAUAUCCGAACUUCUUCUUUCACAUGGUGCAAAUAUCAAUGAAAAAGAUAUUCCAGGAUAG